CAGCCCCCUGCACGGACGCACUGGAGACAUCCCCCCGGCCCCGCUUCCGGGAGGAAGUGACGCGUCUCGUCAGCUUCCGGUUCGGGAGGCUCUGCCCCACCUCCGCGCCGGACAGCUUAAAGGGACCACGACCCCCAGGAGGAUUGAAGGAGACCGGUGGGAACCGGGCGGGGCGCAGCUUUGCGGAGCUGUAGUGCAGCGCUGGGGAGGGGGGGCGGCUGAAAGUGGGGCGGUGGUCGGGCCGCGCAGGCGGAGAUGGAAUGGGGCCCGGGCUCAGACUGGUCACGGGGGGAGGCUGCCGGCGUGGACCGCGGGAAGGCGGGGCUGGGGCUCGGCGGGAGGCCACCCCCGCAGCCGCCCCGGGAUGAGCGCGCCCAGCAGCUGCUGGACGCGGUGGAGCAGCGGCAGCGGCAGCUCCUGGACACCAUCGCUGCCUGCGAGGAGAUGCUACGGCAGCUGGGCCGCCGGCGCCCGGAGCCGACUGGUGGCGGGAACGCCUCAGCCAAACCUGGAACGCCCCCCCAGCCAGCUGUCUCCACCAGAGGUGGCUUUCCAAAGGAUGCUGGCGAUGGAGCUGCGGAGCCCUGACCAUCCCCAAGCCGGGUGCCCUGACUUUUCUCCAUCCCCAGGGCUAGUGGCUGGACUCUGAACAACCCCCUUCAAUAAAGGGACCAGUCUUCACUGGCAGUGGCUGGUACUUGGCUCUCAGCCUGGGAUGGCAGCUCUCCUAGCAGCUGGGUUCACUCCCACUUCAUCCUGGCUGAAGGCAGUGCUGUGCUUUGAAAUGUAGCCAACUAAUACCCAGUCUGAUUGACCGGAUCUGGGCAGACCAGCAGUGCUCGCCAGAGUGGUUUGGCCUGCUAUGGGGGAUCCAAGUCGUGUUAUAUGUCCAUUUCAUGCUUUGGGGGGCUCUCAGCCCCACAAAACACCUUCAGCAAAGACUUGAUUAAAAGGAAACCUGCAGACUCUC